AUGGGCAAUCGUACAAGUCGUUCACCCAGUUUUGUUGCUCAUUUUGCAGGUUCCACCGCAAUCACAACAGGUCGCGUAACCAUGCAGCGAUCCUCUAAAGGUGUCAUCUCCAUUGCCGAGGUUGACAACGGCGGUCGCUACGUCACACUGGAAAACACCAGCACAAGCAGAAUGAAGAGAUUGCAGAACCUGAAAGGAUGGAAAAUUAAGCGAGAUUUCCUUGAAACUACUUCAUUACCAAGCUUCACAUUCGAGUACGUCAUCAACCGUGAUUUCACCCUCGAUGCACAACAAAAUAUCAAGAUCUGGGCCAAGAAUUUCGAAAAGGACCCCGAAAUUAAAGGAAAUGAUAUCGUUUGUACCGUUUCUGACUGGGGUCAGGUGAACAGGAACUCCCUCAUCACAUUGUUCGACGACAAUGGCGUCGAAAAGGCCACCCUCAGCGUCAAGGUUAACCUCUAA